AUGCAGGGCAUUCCAGUAAAUAUCACUGUAGGUUCUCAUGUGUGGAUUGAGGAUCCAUCAGUUGCUUGGAUUGAUGCACAAGUAUUAGAGGUUAACGGACAGGAAGUUCAGGUUCAGACCUCUGAUGGGAGGACGGUUGUAGCAACUUUAUCAAAAACUUACCCCAAGGAUGAAGAUGCUCCCGAUGGAGGAGUGGAUGACAUGACUGAACUUUCAUAUCUGCAUGAGCCUGGAGUCUUACAUAAUUUGGCAACAAGAUAUCAACUUAAUGAAAUCUAUACAUAUACUGGAAGUAUUCUUAUAGCCAUUAAUCCGUUCCAAAAGCUGCCUGAUUUAUAUGAUGGACACAUGAUGCAAAAAUACAAAGGAGUACCACUUGGUAAACUAAGUCCUCAUGUCUUUGCUAUUGCUGAUGCUGCUUACAGGGCAAUGAUCAAUGAGGGUAAAAGCAAUUCUAUAUUGGUUAGUGGUGAAAGCGGUGCUGGUAAGACUGAAACUACUAAAAUGCUUAUGCGCUAUCUUGCCUAUUUGGGUGGCCAUAAAGGCACUCAAAGGCGGACUGUGGAACAGCAAGUACUGGAGUCUAAUCCAGUACUUGAAGCAUUUGGCAAUGCCAAAACAGUUAGAAAUAACAAUUCAAGCCGUUUCGGUAAAUUUGUGGAGAUUCAGUUUGACAAGAAUGGAAGAAUAUCCGGUGCAGCUAUUAGGACGUAUCUCCUUGAAAGAUCUCGAGUUUGCCAAGUUUCAGACCCUGAACGGAACUAUCAUUGUUUCUAUCUUCUCUGUGCAGCACCCCAGGAGGAGAUCAAAAGGUAUAAGUUAGGCGAUCCCAAAUCAUUUCGCUAUCUCAAUCAAUCAAAUUGCUAUGAACUAGUAGGUGUUAAUGAUGCUCAUGACUAUCUUGAGAUAAGGAGGGCAAUGGAUAUUGUUGGAAUUAGCGAGAAAGAGCAGGAGGCAAUUUUUAGUGUUGUGGCUUCUGUUCUUCAUCUUGGUAAUAUAGAGUUCGCAAAGGGUGAUGAAAUUGAUUCAUCAGUUGUGAAAGAUGACAAAUCUAGGUUUCAUCUUCAAACUACUGCCGAGCUUCUGAUGUGUGAUGUUACCGCACUGGAGGAUGCCCUAUUAAGACGUGUAAUGGUCACUCCUGAAGAAGUUAUAAAGAGAAGUCUUGAUCCUGAAGCUGCAGCCGUAAGCAGAGAUGGCUUAGCUAAAACAUUAUAUUCUCGGUUAUUCGACUGGUUGGUGGACAAAAUAAAUAACUCCAUUGGGCAAGAUCCUAACUCAAAAUAUCUAAUUGGUGUUCUUGACAUUUAUGGUUUUGAAAGUUUCAAAAGUAAUAGUUUUGAACAAUUCUGUAUUAAUUAUACAAAUGAGAAGCUGCAGCAACAUUUUAACCAGCACAUGUUCAAGAUGGAGCAGGAGGAAUACACUAAGGAAGAGAUAGAUUGGAGCUAUAUAGAAUUUGUGGACAACCAGGAUGUUCUAGAUCUUAUUGAAAAGAAACCUGGCGGCAUCAUUGCUCUUCUUGAUGAAGCCUGUAUGUUCCCCAAGUCAACUCAUGAAACAUUCUCGCAAAAGCUUUAUCAGAUAUUCAAGACCAACAAACGCUUUAUCAAACCAAAAUUGUCCCGCACUGAUUUUACCAUUGCUCAUUAUGCUGGAGAGGUUCAAUAUCAGUCUGAUCAAUUUUUGGAUAAGAACAAAGACUAUGUUGUUCCUGAACAUCAGGAUUUGUUAAGUGCUUCUAAAUGCCCAUUUGUAGUGGGCCUUUUUCCUCCUGUUUCUGAGGAGUCAACUAAAUCUUCAUCCAAAUCUUCCAAGUUCUCAUCCAUUGGUGCUCGUUUCAAGUUACAACUCCAAUCAUUGAUGGAAACUCUGAAUUCUACAGAACCUCAUUAUAUCAGAUGCGUGAAGCCUAACAGUCUUUUGAAACCUGCAAUAUUUGAGAAUGUUAACAUUAUGCAGCAGCUACGUUGUGGUGGUGUUCUAGAGGCAAUUAGAAUUAGUUGUGCUGGCUAUCCUACGCAUAAGACAUUUUCUGAGUUUAUGAAUCGAUUUGGUCUUCUUGCUCCAGAGGUCUCGGAAGAGCAUGUUGAUGAAGAAGUUGCGUGCAAAAAGAUACUAGAAAAGACGGGGCUUGCUGGUUAUCAGAUUGGAAAAACAAAGGUUUUCCUGAGAGCAGGGCAGAUGGCCGAGUUAGAUGAACACAGAGCAGUAAAGCUAUCCGCUGCAGUUAAGACAAUACAAAAGGAAACUAGAUCUCAUAUUUCUAGGAGAUAUUAUGUUUCUUUGCAGAAGGCUGCAAUUUGCUUACAAUCCUUGUGUCGAGCAAGGUUUGCUUUCAAAUUGUAUGUCACCUUGAAAAGAGAGGCUGCUUCUCUCAGAAUCCAAACAAAGUUUCGUGGACAUUUGGCCAGAAAAUCCUACACCAAACUUAAAUUAGCAGCCAUCGCUUUUCAGACUGGAAUUCGAGUGGCAGCUGCACGAGCUAAGUUCAGAUAUGAAAAACAAACGAGGGGAGCAGUUAUUAUACAGGCCUAUGAGCGUCGUCACAAACUCUUUUCAUACUAUAAGAAGCUCAUAUGGGCAUCAAUCCUAACACAAUGCAGAUGGAGGGGAAUUGUCGCGAGGAGGGAGCUUCGCAAACUAAAGAUGGCUUCAAGAGAAACAGGCGCACUUAAAGAGGCAAAGGAUAAGCUUGAAAAGCAGGUUGAAGAACUUAGAUUGCAGUUGCAGUUGGAGAAACGUCUAAGGAUGGAAUUGGAAGAGGAAAAGGACCAGCAAAUAGCAAAAUUGCAGAAUUCAUUGCACGACAUGCAAAGAAAAGUGAAUGAAACAAAUACAAUGCCCAUCAGGGAACACGAAGCUGCUCCAAAAGCAAUUGAAGGAGACUCUUCAAUUGUUGAAAAGAAACCAAUAGACUCUUCAAUUGUUGAAAAGAAGCCUGUUCCAGUUGAGGAUGACGAAAGAAUUGAAGCUUUAACUGCGGAAGUGGAAAAUUUAAAGGUGUUAUAUCAAAAAGAAAAGCAGCGUGCUGAUGAUUCUGAAAGGAAAAGUGCUGAAGUUCAGGAAUCAAAUAAAGAGAAGUGCCGGAAGUUAGAAGAAACUGAAAGAAAAGUUCAACAACUUCAGGAUUCUGUUAACAGAUAUCUUUUACAAGGAGUGCUGCUUGGGAUGCUAUACUCACGGCGCAUAACCUGAGGAAGAGGGAAUGCAUCAUUAUAACCAGUGUUGUAUGUGCAAGAAGAAUUGAGAAGACACCAAUCAUUUGCUCCUUCACUCCAA